CGCGACCGUGAACAGACGACUCCUAGGAGCCACGAAGGCGCCGCGACGCCGCGCUAUCUUGCGGGCCGCUGGGAGGGGCCUCCUUGCCGGCCCGGCCCAAAAAAGCCGCGCGCGAGGCGCAAAACCGACGCAUCGCCGGCCCGAGGCAGCCACCGCACCGCCAGCUAUCCAUCGGACAAAAGCGCCGCAGCCCCAGCCCCCAGAAAACGACGAGCGCUCAUGGGCCAGCAGACAUCAUCACACAACGACGCGCCGCCGCCGCCAUCAAUACCGUUAACGCCGCGCUGCGGGCGCGCCGUCCGCCAAGUGAACGACGUUUUAGAAAGGGGCGGCUGGCGCGUCUUCGAGAGCUGCGACGACGACUUCACCGGCGUCGUUGCAAUAGAAGAAAUAAGGGCCAAGUUCAUUGAAGUAUUACGGUCGUCCACGACGGCGUCGUCGCUAUCAUUGCCUGCUUUAAACGCCUUCCUCGCCUGUUGCGAUCGGGGCGACGGGUUUGUGGACCACGGCGGGUGGAACGUGUUAAGGGAGAACGUCGCUCGCAUAGCAAAGCGGGAAACAAUUGAGGCGCCGCCGGGCCAUCCGCAAGGUGCGCUGGUCGUGCUGCCGCCCGGCGCUCUGGUACGGGAGGGUGUUCAACGGGACGCGCCUAGAAAGGCCAAGCUCAAAACGGGCACGCAACUGUUGGCGAUGGGCGACGAGGAGGUGCUGGGCGACGGCACACGUCGAACGCGAGUGACGUGGUCCCUGGCCGACGAAGGUUGCGUCGGCUGGGUCUCGUCGAAGAACUGCGCGCCGCUCGCCGCGCCGCCCAUAGUAAUCGACGCCGCGCCGCCGCGGACGCCGCCGCGCCGUUCUACGACGUGGCUCGACCGCGCGGCCGCCGCGUCGAGCGGGAGCCCCACGCGCACGCGGCCCGACGCGCUCCUGCUCGAAGGCAACGCGCGCUUCCUCGAGCGCUUCUCGCCGGAAAGACGCGCCUACCUCGACCUCAAGCUGCGCGUCGCGGCGUCUCGUAGAGUGGCCUUCCUCUCGACAACGGCGUCGCCUCGAUGGCGUCAAGUGGACGUACACACAGGCGCCGCGUCCUCACGCCGCGGACGCCGAGCCGCGACUCGCUCGACGAGGCGGCGGAGACGUCGCCGCGGCCCAGGGCGGACUGGACGCCAAGAAGACGACUGAAAUUCUACGGCCGGCGCCUCGCCGACGACUCGCUGUCGGAUAAUCAAAUCAAACGGCUGCGCGAGGGCCUGCUCGGCGAGUACGGCCUCAAUUGGAGGCGCGACCGCGAGCGCGACGUGGCCGCCGCGCUCGCAAAGGCCGCUUCAGAUUUGAGGGAGGGCGCCAUGGGCGAGAUCUGGCGGAGCGGCCGCGCGGGCCGGCCGACGCGGCGCCACGUCCUCGCGCGGCUCCUCCACGCCGUUUCUGUGAUCGCGGCGCCGGACCCCGCGCUCGUGACGCCGAGCCGCGUCGAGCGCGUCGCGCGCGGCCUGUCGUCGGCGUCGACGCGCGACUUGUUGUUGCUGUCGCGCUGGGCGUCUUCCGAAUUUGUACGCGCGUCGGAAGCCGUUAAAAGGUGGAGCGAGAAUGUCACGUCGCCGCGGCCCAUGCUGCGGCCCAAGUUUUUGGAGCGACAAGCUUUAGAUGCGCUCGUGUCCGUGGCCAUGACAUCGUGCGGCGCGGACGCGUCACCGAACGAUAUGAAACAUGCGAUCGCGACGCGCUUCGAUCGGAUCACGCGAAGUCGCUUGCUGGCGGAGAUGCCCGCGCCGUCCCGAAUCUGGUGCGUCUCGGACCUGCAUAUCGACGUGCCCCUGAACCUGGAGCGGUGCCUCGCGUUCGAGGCAAGACCGGACGAUGCACUAAUCGUGGCCGGCGACGUCUGCUCCGAGCCGUUGUUGUUUGAAAAGUUCUUUGGGGACGUCGUGAAGAAGUUCAAGUAUGUGUUUUAUGUGCCGGGCAACCAUGAUUUGUGGUGUUUGAGCGAAGGCGACCUCGCGUCGGAUUCCCUCACGAAGAUGUUCCGGCAGCUACUCGUUUGUGAUCGCCUGGGCGUGAUCACGCAUUCAGUACGCUUUUCGAACAACGUGUGUCUGGUGCCUUUACUAGGAUGGUACGACCCUUCAUUUGUCGACGGCGACGCCGAGGACUGGAUUUCUGGAUUCGACCCGUUUUGUCGGUGGCCCGAUUGUUUGGGGGACGACGCGAGCGUGGCGCAAUUCCUAGCUUCGCUGAACGAGGCCUCCGUGCGCUCUGUGAGACAGUUAGAAAACGCCGUCGUGCUCUCGUUCUCGCACUUUCUACCUCGAUCGUCUCUCUUCGAGGGCGCGGGCGGCUGCCGGAGCCUAGGCAAGGUCAUGGGCGACGCCCGGUUGGAAGAUCAGAUCCAGCGCCUCUGUUCCUCGGUCCACGUCUUUGGGCACUCGCACAUCGACGUCGACUGCGUUUUGGACGGCGUGCGCUACGUGCAGCACGCUUUGGGUCAUCCCGAGGAUGGUGUGAGUGAGGCGUACCAGCCCGUCGUCGUCUGGGACGCGUACUAG